AUGCCGCCAUUUCCAGGAGCUCCCACGCCGAAGACGGCUCUCGGUUAUCACCGUAUUCUGUCGCCCUCUGCGGGCGUGAGGGUUUCCCCCCUCUGUCUCGGGGCUAUGAAUUUCGGCACCGCCUGGGAGAAAAUGAUGGGGAAAUGCGAUAAGAAGACCACCUACGAGAUUCUCGACUUUUUCUUCGAGAGUGGAGGCAACUUCAUCGACACCGCCAACAACUACCAGGGCGAGGAGAGUGAGGAGUGGCUCGGCGAUUGGAUGGAGGAACGCAAGAACCGUGACCAGAUCGUUCUCGCCACCAAGUUCACCACCUUCUUCCCCUCUGGCAAGGGCGGUGAGAAGAUCAACAGCAACUUCCAGGGCAACCACAGCAAGAGCUUGAGAGUCUCCACGGAAGCUAGCUUGAGGAAACUCAAGACGAGCUAUAUUGAUCUGCUCUACGUCCACUGGUGGGACUUCUCCACCUCGAUCCCGGAGCUGAUGCAAUCGCUGCACCACCUCGUCGCCGCAGGCAAGAUCCUCUACCUAGGCAUCAGCGACACGCCGGCCUGGGUCGUCUCGAUGGCGAACCAGUACGCACGUGACCACGCCCUCACGCCCUUCAGCGUGUACCAGGGCAAGUGGAGCGCAGCCGACCGGGAUUUCGAGCGCGACAUCAUCCCGAUGGCGCAGCAGCAAGGGAUGGCGUUGGCGCCGUGGAACGCGCUGGGCGGCGGGCUGUUCAAGACCGAAGAAGAGCUGGCGGCGCAGGACGAAGGCCGCAAGAUGUUCCCGCCGCGCGAGAAGGACAAGAAGGUGGCGGCGGCGCUCGACAAGCUGGCCAAGCCGCGCGGCGUGCACCGCACCGCCAUCGCGCUGGCCUACGUCAUGCACAAGUCGCCCUACGUCUUCCCCAUCGUCGGCGGCCGCAACAUCAACCACCUCAAGGGCAACAUCGAGGCCCUGAGCAUCGAGCUCUCGCCCCAGGAGAUCGAGCAGAUCGAGGAGGCCGAGCCCUUCGACGUCGGCUUCCCCAUGAACUUCCUGUUCGAGUUCGGCGACGCGGCCAAGUACCACAACAGGAUGGGCACCGGUGAUAUCGGCCUCGUCAAGACCUGUGCGCAUAUCGAUACGGUUCCGAAGCCAGAGCCCAUCAAGCCCCGGAAGCUCUGA